AUGCUCGACGAUGAACAAGAAGCUGAACUCCGUAAUCCGUUUCCAUCGCCUCCAUCUCACUAUCAGACGUACACGAGCCAUAAUUUACACCUGCUGUCGCUAUUGAAGUCGCGAACUUCAGAGAAGUCAGAAGAGGAUGCAGCGAAAGUGGAUCAGCAUGCCGUCCUCAGUGAUCAGAAAGAUGUGCCUGAUUGGCCUUUAGCGCAACUUGAGAAACCUCGUGUUGACUGGAUAUUAGAGGACGGAGAAUAUACGGUCUUUGGCGACACGUGGUUUGUCAAGGAGAAAAUACCAUCUCUAGGUGAACUUGGAGGCCAACAGUUAUACCCAGAUGACCCAACUAUAGAUCGUAGACCUGCACUAUUGUCCAUACUUCGCUCCAUGCUCAUCACAUAUUCUCGCCUGCUCAAGUCACUUCUUGCUCCUCCGCCUGGACCCACAUACACCGAGCCACCUGAAUGGCAGGGUCAUGUGGAAUGGCUUGCUGUCAUGAGUCAAAAUAUUAUGGGUGCGGCAAACGAUUUACGUCCUGUUCAGGCGAGAUUCAAUCUCGAAUCGAUGAUGACGCGACAGCUUGAGCUAAGACGCGAGGAGACGGCGGCGCUUCAUAGAAAAUGCGACGAACUUCAACAAAAGCUAGCAGAGCUCAAGUCGACCACUUCAAUUAAGGGAAAGGUAUCCAUAUCAUUAGUAUUGCAUUAAAAUUUUGGGCAAUAGCACUGAUGGAUUUGGAGGUUGGCGGAUUGCAGAAUAACCCGAACAAGCCACAAUCGUCUCAAAAUACUCGCCUUCCAAGCAUGGAAGACGUCUACCGAUGGGCUGAGGGAUCAUGAAAGGAUUUUGUAAUCUAACAGAGGAUUCUUGUAUUUUUAGUAUUGAUUUAUUCGAUGUAGCUUAUGGCCGUCAAGAGAAAAUCUCACUACAGACAGUCAGGAACCAUGGUUCUGGCGCGUAUAUGCAUCAUCAGGUCAGGACUCGUGCGAUUAUAGGCACCGGCUUUAGAAAGACCGGACGAGUUGAUCAGCUCGAGCUCAUGCUUCCAUCACUUGAGGCUUCCGAGCUAACGUUAAGGUUCUGCAUGUUCAAACAGUCCUACGUCGCAAAGCGUCAUCUGGGCGACUAAAUGCCCGAAAACUGGUAAUUGUGAUGCUGAAUCACCUGUUUCGUUCUAAUCGGCGGAUCCGAUGUACGUGAUCAAAGUAAAUCAUUCAGCAGAGAUCGUUCUAGGGCGCUUGGAGUGCUUCUACUCGUCUUCGGACCUGAUGGUGUAACUUCUCGUGGGUAUAAUGUGGAUCGAACAUGCCUUGAACACCGAGUCUUUAUAACUGAGCCGAUCUGCCCUUCUGCCCCUCCAGCCUUGCUGCUCCUCCACCAAAAUGCUCGUACCUACUGUCCUGCUGCUUGCUGCUCUUGCUCCUAUCGCUCGUGCGGCGACUGCAACUAUUUUCCCAGUUGGCCUGGGCUCGGGAGCGAAUCUGGAGGGAGAAGUUGUCGGAACUGGUGGGGAGGACGGCACCACCUACAUCCUUAGUGGACAGACGAGUGGCAUUGCAUUCACACUUACGCUUGCUGAGGACGCCAGUCGUGUCUCCGAGCACGUCGCCAUUCCUUCAGCUUCGUUUGAGCUCGACGUCCAGUGUGAUAUUAGUGGCGAUAAUGCUGUGUGCCAGAAUGUUCGAGCUCAAGGCACUGAUUUCACUACGCUUGCACCCACCACGAUCCCGUUCUCUCCGUUUGCGGUUUCAGUUUCUACAGGAAACCGUGCGGCUAGUUCGACUACCUCAUCAGCAUCAGCAUCUGCUACAACCACGGUUGCAGCAUCAACGUCAACGUCCGUGUCUCAUUCUGUGACAAUCAUGUCUUCAGUGACCCCCUCUGUUAGUGCAACAACCUCUUCAGGUCUGUCACCGUCGGCGACACGACCUGGAGUCGCUUCCAGCCUUACGUCAUCGAGCACGUCACCGAGCACGUCUCCUUCCCCGACUAGUGGCGCUUCUAAGCUAUUCGUCACAAAAGUAGCUACGAUAUUUCCCCUAGUCGCAGUGCUGUGGAUCUUGGCCUAAAAUUGAAGUUUGAGCUUUAUUUUUCUUUCUUGGACUUUGCGGAUUGAUUGUUGUUGUGCAAACAGACUUUGUUUAUCUUGAAAUUGGUUGUUUCUCUUUAUGUCUGAUUUAGGUAGUUUGAAUGAAUGAACGACGAU